UCGACCAUGCAGGUGAAUGUCUUGUUUCAGGUUUUCGGGAUUCUCCUUUGCAGUGCUUGCUUAGUUGAAGGUGAUUCCUAUGCUGAUCGCGUAAAAAAUCUUUUCGAAAGACAUUUCAAAACCCCAAAUAAUACAUGCUGGAGCAUUUCUAACCAAACGGCAAGCGCUUAUAAAGGGGACAUGAGAAUGGCGGUAGCACUGAUCAACGUAUACACACAAGUCUGUAAAAACUACGCUGAUAAUGUCAACGGGAAGCCAUUAUAUGCUGAGCUGAAUAAACAACUUAGAGACCAAACAAAAGUACAAAUUUGGCUGGACACAGAACAAUUGCUUAAUCAAGCGUUGCAAAUGGUAGGCAUCGCAACAAGGUAUAAUCUUUACAGGGCUUGUGAAUGUAGCAAUAUCAAACAAGGACACACGUUUACAGUUAACUACUUCUGGAGCACCUCGUUACUUCCACGCGUCGCUAAUCGUUUUCUCAAAGCAAACGAUUUCUUCUUUCAUAUAUUACAGGCUCCAGGUAGCCGGGUAUCGGAUUAUUCGUUUGUUCAAUCAGAAAAGGAGAUAUUACUUCAAUCAAAGCUUGAGUUUUAUGUGAAAGAAUAUGUUGAUGAUAAGGAGAACAUAGAAAAUAAGACAUCUUCACUUGAGGGUGUUUCCAAAUGGAAUCAAAUUAAGGCGUUUGUAGUCGUGACAGGCGAAAUUCCAACAAGAGGUUCCAGGUCGGCUCUCAAGUCAGGUUAUUGCAAUUGCUCGGGUGGCACAACGUCAUCUCCGAGAUCUGCUGCUCUAAAAUCGAUGCCUACGAGCUUCUUUAGUGCCUCAUUUUUUAUUGUCUUUAGACUUGUUUGGUAACGAGAAGCAGAGUCACUGUGUAAAUGAAAAAUAUCACUUUUACGCUUUAUGUUAUUUCCAUCUAAAUAUAGAGACUUUCACAGCUUACUGUUUUAGAAAUGAUCAUUUUCAAAGCUGCAUGUACAUGUAUUUUAAUUGCUUAUUUGUAUGAUAUAUUUGUUACGACUUUAUAUUAUAUUUUAACAGUGUUCCUCCUGGUUUGUCCAGUCAUGCCUUCAAGUAAUUCAUAUGGCUGUUCUUGAAUGACUUUAUCGUACCUUUAAAUAGCUUACGCUGCUAUUGUUGCUCCGGCCUGGUUCAUUCGUUUGCAUGCGAUGUCUGUAUCCAAAAUAACUAAAGCAAUGAAUAGGCUAUUUUUUUUACCGUAUUCGUCAUUGUUUUAAAGGUUAUAGCUCUAUAGACGCAAACUUUUGUAGUAAUUGAUAAAUGUUGCGACAAGUUUGGGGUUAUAGCCAUAUCAACUAGUUUAUGACCCCAGUAGACUAGUUUCGAGUUACCUCUUGUUUUACUGACUUUGCCAUCCAUUGUGUAUUAGUAAAGUUAUUUUUUUGACAAAGUCAGAAAUGUGUUUUAAAUAUUGAAGUGUUAAGUUGGUUUUAAGUCUUACUCCACAGGAAUUAAAAAUCGGUAUUUUAGAUGGAAAAUCCCCUUAUCAAUUGAAGAUGAAUGUAAAAUUGAGAUCAAGUGCAUGCCCAUUGACAAUUGACGUUCAUCUUAUCUAUAGACUUUGGCGUAGAGUAUUCUGACACUGCUUAUUUAGGUGUGCUUUUCAGUUAUUAUCUAGUAAUGUAAAAUGCUGUAUUAAGCCUAUAUCUGUGGUUUUAUUUGUUUAGAUAUUGACAUUUUUUAUGUGAUUAUACAUAUGAAUUAUCGUAUAGCUUUUCUCAAUAGGGAUGAAAACUUUAAGUACAAUAAAGAAAUCACUGUUUAGGUGCCGAUUAUAUUAUACUACGCAAUAUGUAAUGAGCUUUUAACGAGCUCUGGUGCCCGUUUCGUUAAAGGUCCAAUACUUCUCCAAAUAAACAAUCUUCAAUCUUUGUAAACAACAGACUGGCUUAUGACUGACUUGCUACAACUUCAACUUUUUGGCCCACAACUGCUUCUGUGUUAAACAUUUUGGUACACUUGAUUCUUUAAAACAAUUGUCCCUUUCGCUAAUAAAU